AUGACAGAAUCUGUCAAUGAAUGUGAUAUUGAAACACAUUCAGACACUGAUGAAGUCAAGCGAGUCAAAUUUAAAAUCAAACAACGCAGACUCAUCAAACCCGGUGGUUUCGGUAAACCAAGUGUUUAUCAUGGUCUAGUUGUUAUUUUUCUCGAAUUUUUCGCAUGGGGUCUUCUAACAAAUCCUGUUAUCUCAACGCUUAAUCGAACAUUUCCGACUCAUACAUUCUUAAUGAAUGGCGUUAUUCAUGGAAUGAAAGGUUUAUUGACAUUCCUAAGUUCGCCGUUGUUAGGUGCUUACUCUGACGUCUGGGGACGCAAAUCUUUUCUACUUCUUACGGUUUUCUUUACGUGCUGUCCAAUACCAUUGAUGAAAUUUAGUCCGAUGUGGUACUUUGCUUUAAUUAGUAUCAGUGGCCUAUUUUCUGUAACGUUCAGCGUCGUUUACGCGUAUGUAGCUGAUGUUACGGAUGAGAAUUCUCGUGGCGCGGCAUAUGGAUUAGUAACAGCGACAUUUGCUGCAUCAUUAAUUACAAGUCCGGCCAUCGGUGCACAUCUCGCUCGACUCUACAGUGAUAAUUUCAUUAUUGCACUUGGUACGGCAGUUGCCGUGUUAGAUUUGUUGUUUAUCUAUUUCAUGGUACCGGAAUCUUUACCAGAACGAUUGCGCAUUGAUCAGAAAGUGUCAUGGGACAAAAUCGAUCCAUUUUCAGCUCUUAAGAAAAUAACUCACGAUCGUUUUAUUUAUCUGAUCUGUCUCAUCGUUCUUCUAUCAUAUCUUCCGGAAGCUGGGCAAUAUUCCUGUUUUUUCGUUUAUUUACGCUUAGUAUUGGGCUUUUCCGAAGAUGAAGUUGCUUAUUUCAUCGCAUUUAUCGGUGUACUUUCAUGCAUUGCUCAAACUGCCUUUUUGGCAUGUUUACAAAAAUAUUUCGGUGCAAAAGAAACAAUCAUGGUUGGAUUGUUUUUUCAAAUCGUUCAAUUAGCAGCAUUCGGAAUUGCCACAUCCACUUGGGUCAUGUGGUUCGCCGGUGGCUUAGCUGCACUUUCAUCCUUAACCUAUCCGUCGAUUAGUGCAUUCGUUUCCGUCUAUGCAGAUGAAAAUCAACAAGGUCUUGUCCAAGGAAUGGUUAAUGGCGUCCGUGGUCUAUGCAAUGGUCUUGGACCUGCUCUAUUUGGAUUCACCUUCUAUCUCUUCAAUGUCGAUUUCGGCUUUUCGUCCAAUACAGUUCUCCCACCAAGCAAUUCGAACAUUACAACAAUUCUAUCGAAUGCCAAACCAGUUUACUCGUCGAUGUUAAAUCGCGAAGUACCUGGUCCACCCUUUCUAUUCGGUGCUUUUCUUGCUACAGUUGCGCUAAUGUUCGCCCUUCUCCUCCCGCAUUCAGUCGGUACGGGAAAUGAUGCGAGAACCAUCGAACAAAGCGCUCGUCUGAUGGAACGAGGAGAAGAUAUCAAUGAUACAAAUCAAUUCGAUUAG